AUUUGAAAAAAAUGCUUGAAUUGUACGAUUUUUUAAAUGAUGAAAGUGAUAAAACGAGUUUUUCUAUGUUUGUGUCGAUUCUGUGUCUCAAAGUUUUGUACAUUAUAGGAAUGACUUUUUAUAUCAUGUCGAGAUUUACUGAAAUUUUAUCUUAAAAAUGUUCUACGUUAAAAAUCCUUCCGCACUCAACAAGCCGUGGAUUUUAUCCAAAAAGGGCGACGAUAAUGUUUCAAUUCCACUUGAAGUUUCCAAACUUUUAAAAAAUUUCCACAUAAUGGCAAUUGAGUUUCUUUAUCACAACUACCGGAAAGGGAUUAAAGGGUCGAUUCUGAAUCAGCAAUCGGGGAUGAAUUUCAGUUUGCAGAUUGCAGCGUUUCUUGGAGCUAUUGCACCAAAUUCCGCUGUUGUUUUGGUUAUUUGUAGUAGAGAAUCGAGUUGUUAUUGGCACUAUCACCUCGAAAAUCACGCCGGUUUUGUCGUCAUUCAAGUAACUUCGAAAAACUCUGAUGAUAAUUACGAGAGCAAUAACAAAACAGCUUUACUUGUAACACAUGACUGUUUGAAACUAUGCGAGAGUCUACUCGACAAUGAGUUUUUCUCCGUCGUUGUUGAAGAUUUGGACCAACUCGCGCUCAAACGAAUUAUUAAAAGACUGAAUGGGAGAUUCAAUGUGGGGCUCACAACUCGGAGUUUUUACACACAUCCUGAUCAAAAAUUGCAAUGGAACAUGUUGAACUGGGCCAAUCCUGGCUGCGUCGGCAAAUUGAACGAUUUCUACGAGGCUGACAACCGGAAUUUUGAACGAUUUGAUGAUAAUUACCGGUAUUGGUGGAUGAGACUGACUUGGGAAUUUUGCGAGUCGUUUGAAAAACCCACUGAGGAGGAAAUCGACUCUUACGAGACCAAAGUAUCGGAGUGGGCUUCCCAGAAUAAUUUAAGCUUUCACACUCAAUCGAAAAAACAAUCGCGCAAACGUAAACGCACUCCAAAGACUGAACCACCUCCAGAAAACGAUAGUUCCAACGAUACUAUCAUCAACGAAGUGCCAAUUGAUAAGUACGUCAAGUUGCCCAGCAUGGACGAGAGCCCUAUUGUCACUUCCAUUAUCAAAAAUUUUGAGAUAUCCCCUGAACCGAUUUUAACUCAUUCGUCUUCGUUGCCAUAUACUCAAACUCACGCAAAUUACUCCAAGUACGAAGAAGAAAGUGUGCUGUUUGCGUUCUUAAACGAUAAGGAACGACCCAGUACUUCUAAAAGUGAAUCAGAGGAGUUUAUCCUAAGUCUAAUUAACAAAUCUGAAGAUGAAUCAAAAGAUAUUUUACAAAAGGCUGAUGCUGUCUUGCAGAAUUAAUUGGCAUUCCUUUGGGAUCAAGACUGGCGCAUGUAUUACAUUUUUAUUGUGGCUUUUAAUUGUAUUUAUUAGAUUUCUAAUAAACAUUUCAACUUUUA